CCUUGCAGGAGUAACGAGUGCUCUCCCCAGUGGGCUCCUGGUGGCAGAGCUCCCAGCCCUCACUUAGGCACACCUGUGCAAGAAGCAGAAGCAGAGAGGACAAAAGACAUAGGCUCAGAGGCCCCGCCCUGUCUGCAGGGGAAGGCCCAGGAUCUGCCUGCCUCAGCAAGGCCACAAUGAACCUGGGAUCCUCUUUCAGGCACUUGCUCCUGCUGCUGCAACUGGCGCUUCUCCCAGCCAUCACUCAAGGAAAAGAAGUGGUGCUGGGUAAGGCAGGAGACAAAGCAGAGCUGCCCUGCCAGGCUUCCCAGAAGAAGAGCAUGAGCUUCAGCUGGAAAUAUUCUGGGAUCAUGGUUCUGAGAUCUUCGAACUCCUUUCCGGCAUCAACAUUCUUGAUGAUAGGUUCCUCCUGGCUGAAAACACGUGUUGAAUCAAAGAAAACCCUAUGGGACCAAGGAUCCUUUCCUCUGGUCAUCAAGGAUCUUGACAUGAAAGACUCAGGGAUUUACAUCUGUGAAGUGGAGGACAAGACAAAAGAGGUGGAAUUGCUGGUGUUCAGAUUGAAUGCUGAUUUGGACAUCCGCGGUGGCAGCAUCCACCUGAUGCCUGGGGAGAGACUGACCCUGACCUUGGAGAGCCCGCCUGGUAGCAACCCUUCAAUAGUAUGGAAAGGUCCAGGGAGUAAAAAGUAUAAUGGGGACAAGAGCCUCUCACUGUCCCAGCUAGGGUGGCAGGAGAGUGGUACCUGGGAAUGCAUCGUCUCCUACAGCAAGAAGACACUGGUGCUCAGCAUAAACAUCUUGGUGCUGGCUAUCCGGAAGGUCUCCAACACAGUCUAUGCAAAAGAGGGGGAGAAGGUGGAGCUCUCCUUCCCACUUACCUUUGAAGAUGAAAACCUGGAAGGUGAGCUGAGGUGGCAGCCGGAGGGGACUGCCUCCCUUCAGUCCUGGAUCACAUUCUCCUUGGAUAACAAGAAAGUAUCUGUGAAGAAGGUUCACCCAAACUGCAAGCUCAAGAUGAAGGAGUCGCUCCCUCUCCUCUUCAGCCUGCUCCAGGCCUCGCCUCAGGAUGCUGGCUCUGGAAACCUGACCCUGUCUCUCAGAAAGGGGCAGUUGCAUCAGGAAGUGAACCUUGUGGUGAUGAGAAUGACUAAGUCCCAGAACCUUUUGACCUGUGAGGUGCUGGGACUCAGAUCCCCCAAGCUGACACUGAGCUUGAAGCUGGAGAACCAGACUGCGAAGGUCUCAGAACAGCAGAAGCAGCUAGUGGAGACGCCGGACCCUGAGGCAGGGACAUGGCAGUGUCUAUUGAGUGACGAGGACAAAGUCCUGCUGGAAUCCAAGACUGAAGUUCUGUCUGCAGGUUUCACUCAGGCCUGGCCAAAGCUCCUGGUCAUUGUGCUGGGGGGGAUCCUGGGCUUUCUGAUUUUCACCGGGAUCUGCAUCUUCUGCUGUGUCAAGUGCCGGCACCGCAAGCGCCAGGCAGAGCGGAUGUCUCAGAUCAAAAGACUCCUCAGUGAGAAGAAGACCUGCCAGUGCCCGCACCGGUACCAGAAAACUAGUCUCAUUUGAGGCACUUGGCCAGGGGGAGCUUCCUACUCGCAGCCUCCCCAGCUGUCUUGUCUGCAUCUCCUGAUGGGCUCCUGGGCCUGUGGACCAGAUGAAUGUAGCAGAUCCCAGCGCCUCUGGCAUCUCCUGCUCUCCUUGUCCACAGUUAGCCACUGGGUUUCCUCUUCCAGAGGCUUACUCAUACCACUGCUUCCCCAUUCCCUUUUCAGUCAAACUCUAACCCUUCUUCAAAUAUUUCUUCUCAAUUCUUUCCCUCACUGCCCACUUGGAUCCCAGGGGAGCAUGCAGGACUGGCCAGGCUGGGUAUCUGAAGCAUGAAGCACAGGACUGUCACGUUACAGGAGGGAACCCGGGAACCAGAGAGGGCAGGGACUAGUUAGUCCAAGAUCACACUGUCAAGGACAGAUCCAGAUAUAAAGACUCUUGACUGCCAGCCUCCACUGUUCCAUUCUGCCACACACCCAUGCACACAGCCCAUACUUGUACACAGACACAAUUCUUUAUCUCCCAAGCAGCACACUCAGUUUAUACACCAAGUCAGAUUCACACAGCUGGUAAAUGCUGGAAGCAGGACUGGCCCCAGCCUCUUGACUCCUAAUUCUACUGCUGUUUCUCGAAUACAGGAACAAACAUGACACAGAUCUCUGCAGCUUGGCUAGUCACAGAUGCUCAGUAUGUACCUUAGGAUUUAAUGGAGCACACCACCACCACAGGGCCUGCCUCCGAGAGUUCAGGAACAUGUAGGAGGGCCUCCCUGCCUGAAAUCAUUCCUUCAUCACCUGCUGGUGGCAGAAUCCUGUUGCCACAGGACACAGCCUUCAGCUCGCCUAAUCAGAGCACAGGCCCUGUGGGAGAGAGCACCCAGGGACUCUCCACUCACCUUGUGCAGAACCUCUGGAAAGUGAGCUCUGCCAGGAGUCGAGGGUAGGGCACUGGCCUGAGAGUGAACCCUCUGGGAGGACCUCCUGUGAAGGGUGAUAGUGCUGGACCUCAGUCCCCCUGCUCUGCACCCUCCUUCAUCCCUCUACCAGACCAUUCAGGCAGGACAGGAACAUUGAGGUUGCGAGCAUGCUUCCUAUCUUCUUGAUCCAUUUCCUUCAGACUCCCUGGCCUCCUCUGCCUCUCUUCCCAUUCCCUUCUCACCAUCUCCCUCAGUCCCUAUGCCCUUUCCCUUGCUUUCCAGCUUUCCUCUUCCAAGAACACUCCAUUGCUUGCUUAGUAUUCCUGCCCACUCCCCACCCCUGCCUCCCUGAGCUGACAGAAAAAUACAAUAAACUUACUCUAAAGAAGAUGCUCUUCUCCAUAUUUGUGUGUGUGUGUCCCUGCAUCCUUUUAGACCUGUGUAUCCCCAGCCCACAGGCAGCCCAUCUUCGGCACUACUGCCCCUCACUCCCCAUAACCUCCAGCAAAUGCCCCUCCCAGCUACGCCCUAGGCACAGCCCUCACAGAUACACACAGUGACACACUGUGACACACGCUUCCCCCUCCCAGAACAGCUAGCUCCUCAAUCCCCGAACCACCAGCUGCCUCUUGGAGUCUGUGUUCGUGUUGAAAAAGGCAUGGGGUGGGGGUAGGACACGAACCAUUUCACCAAUGAAGCCGGUUCCCCUCCAUCCUCCUCGUCCCUCCCUCUCGGCGCCUUCCUCGCCCCUCCUUCUGCAAGUCAGCACCGUCCAGUUACCCGCCCUACACUCGUCCCCCUUCCCUCCCGAAAAGCCUUCCUUCAGCCCCUGACCCAGGGCUCGCGGGCUGGACGACUCAGGCAGACAGGGGCUGGGGGAGCCCCGGGGGGCAAAGACGGAUUGCGCGGCGGGCUGAGCGGGGAGUCUAGGACAGA